AUGGCUGCACGGCUGUCCCGGACUGUAAUGCAAAGGAAUGGCAGCCGGCUGCUUCAGCUCUGCUUCAGGGGGAAGGGGUAUACUUCCUCUGCCUCUGGGACCCUCUCUGCCUUCCAGGACAAGCCUCGGAGUGUGGAGGAACUCCCACAUAGCAGCUCCUUGAGGAUGAUUUACAGAUUGGUGUUUCAGGGUUUCUACAAGCGUUUACAUGAGCUACAGAUUUAUGAAAAGCAGCUAUAUGGGCCCUUAUACAAAGACGGAAUGAAGGCAGUGUCCCUGAACACUCCACAGCUGCUUGAGGAACUCAUGAGGAACGAGGACAAGUACCCCUGCCGAGGAGACAUGUCUUUUUGGAAAGAUUAUCGCGACAUGAGAGGAUUUGGCUAUGGACCUUUCACUGAGGAGGGAGAGAGGUGGCACAAUCUGAGGGUCAUGUUGAACAAGCGCAUGCUGCAUCCAAAGGAUUCGGCCCAGUACGGCAGCGUUAUCAAUGAUGUGGUGACAGACUUCGCCAAGAGGAUCUACUAUCUGCGCCAGUGCAGCGCGACGGGAGAUUUGGUGACCAACUUGGCCAAUGAACUCUAUCAGUUCUCACUGGAGGGUAUUGCCUCCAUACUGUUUGAGACGAGGAUUGGCUGUCUGGAAAAGGAAAUCCCUGCAGGUACACAGGACUUCAUCAAUUCCAUAGCCCAGAUGUUCUCCAACAGUUUUGCUGUGGUGUUGGCGCCCAAGUGGAGCCGCAAUCUACUUCCCUACUGGGGACGCUACAUCGCUGGAUGGGAGGGUAUCUUCAGCUUUGGUAAACAAUUGAUCGACAAGAAGAUGGAGAUCAUUCAGCAGCGCAUCGACAACAACCAGGAGGUGGAGGGCGAAUAUCUGACAUACCUCUUAUCAAACACUCAGAUGAGCACUAAAGAUAUAUACGGCAGUGUCACUGAGCUUCUGUUAGCCGGAGUGGACACAACAUCCAACACCCUCACAUGGACUUUGCACCUGCUGUCCAAGCACCCACAAGUCCAGGACAGACUUUAUAAAGAAGUGUCCACAUUGGUACCAGCAGACCAGAUCCCCUCCGCUGAGCAGGUUACUGCCAUGCCUUAUUUAAGGGCUAUAAUUAAGGAAGCACUGAGGAUGUACCCUGUGGUUCCUACAAACGCAAGGAUCCAUGCAGAAAAGGAUCUUAUUAUCGGUGGAUUUAAAUUCUCAAAGAACACCGCUUUCAAGAUUUCCCACUAUGCCAUCAGUCAUGAUGAGGAAGUAUUCCCUGACCCGUUCACAUUUAAGCCAGAGAGAUGGCUCCGUGAUGGCCGAAAGAGGCCACACGCCUUUGGCUCCAUCCCGUUUGGCUUCGGAGUGAGAAGCUGUGUCGGCCGCCGGAUUGCUGAACUAGAGAUGUAUAUGCUUCUUGUGCGGCUCAUCAGGCAGUUUGAAAUCCAACCAGAUCCCACAAUCAAAGAGGUGAAAUGCCUCAACCGCACUGUUCUGGUACCAGACCGACCAAUAAACCUACACUUCGUGGACAGAGGAAGUGGAAAUGCAGCUUGA